AUGCGCGCGCCGCGUCCGCCCGCCAAUCGGCGCCGCGCGCGCCCCCGCCCUCGCCGCCGCCCGCCAAUCGGCGCCGCGCGCGAGCCGCCCGCCGCCGCCCAUUGGCCGCGCCGCGAGCGGAGGGGCGGGGCCUGGCGGGGCGGAGGGGAGGGCUUGCGCGCGCGGGUCGUCCCGGCAACGUCUACCUCCGGCGCCGCCAUGGAGCCCGACGGCGCGGCCUCGGAGGCGGGCAGCCGGGGCUCGGACGCGGGCAGCCUGGCCUCGCUGGCGUCCGACAUCCCGGCCGGCUCGCGCCCGCCGUCCCUCCAGCCGGCCGACGCCGACGCCGACGCCGGUACCGGCCCCACCGAGCCGGAGCCCGAGCCCGAGCCCGAGCCCGAGCCGGAGCCCGAAGGGGAGCCCGGCGCGGAGGAGCCGGAGGGGCCCGCGACGCCGGCCGCGGAGGUGCAGCCCGGGGAGCCCGGCGGCGAGGACGCGGAGGAGCCGUCGGGAGGGGCCCGCGGGGAGCCGGAGCCGCGGGGGGACGAGGACGAGGACGGGGCCGCGGAGGCGGCGCGGGCGGAGCGGGAUGGCGCGGCCGCCGCCGCCGCCGCCGCCCCCCGGGAGGAGCCCCGGGGCCCCCGGGCGGCGGCGGCGGCGGCGGCGGCGGCGGCGGCGGCGGCCGAGGACUCGGAGGCCGAGUGGAGCCAGGAGGUGCGGCGGGAGCACGAGGCGCAGCUGCGGGCCGAGCUGCUGGCGCAGUACCGGGCGCUGGUGCAGGAGCGCGGCCACUUCCAGCGCUACAACCUGUUCCUGCAGCACAAGAUCCAGGAGUCGCUGCGCCGCAAGAAGGGGCUGGAGGCGGCCGAGGCGGCCGAGCGCGGCCCGGACCCCGACGCCCCCGAGAAGGAGCAGAACUACCUGGCCUACCUGGCCGUGCUGGAGGACCUGCGCAAGCAGGAGGCCGACGACCUGCACUGGUUCCGCCAGGAGCUGGAGCAGCUGCGCCGCCUGGGCCGCCAGCAGCUGGCGCGCGUGGAGCGGGCGUGGCGCGACUUCCAGGCGCUCAAGCGGCAGGUGACGCUGCAGGCCAUGGGGCGCUGCCGGCUGCGGGGCGGGCGGCCGGCGGCCCUGCGCGAGGUGGAGCGGCUGCAGGCGCUGGAGGAGCGCAAGGAGAAGGAGAUGAGCGCCGUGCGGCUGGAGAACGUGCAGCUGCGGCAGAGCCUGGCGCACCUGGAGACGCGCAUGCGGGCGCAGGAGGACGCGGCCGAGGGCCUGCACCUCAUCGACUUCGAGCAGCUCAAGAUCGAGAACCAGACGUUCAACGAGAAGGUGGAGGAGCGCAACGAGGAGCUGCUGAAGCUGCGGGCCAAGGUGAGCACGCACACGCAGGUGGUGACGCACGUCAAGGAGAAGCUGCACUUCACCGAGGCCCAGAACGCCGCCCGCCGGGCCCGGCUGCUGGAGCUGGAGGCGCGGGUGGCCCGGCGCCGGGACGCGCUGACCCGCACCAAGCAGGCCCGCGACGGGCUGCGGCUGGACAACGUGCGGCUGGGCCAGCGCUCGGGGCUGCUGGGCCGGGACGCCCUGCUGCGCGACCUGGAGGCGCGGGUGGACCGCACGGAGCAGCUGGGCCGGCGCCUGCAGGCCCUCAAGCGCCACCACGCCGGCCUGGUGCUGUCCUGCAGGGGCGUCCGCCAGAAGAUCCGCGAGGCCAGGGCCUUCCUGCCCUCCUGAGGAGGGUCCCCCGCCGGGCCGGGCCGGGCUGGGCCGGGGCAGGGCCGGGGCAGGGCAGGGCAGGGCAGGGCGUCGGGACCCGGCUCUCCCUUCCCCUCCCCUCUCCCCUGGGCCGAGGCCUCACCCUGUGGGCAGACAGCAGCAGCCCCCCCCCCCCCCCAGCUUGGCCAGGGCGACAGGACCCGGCUCUCCCUUCCCCUC